UAGUGCGAUAAGGAGAUAUGUAAACUUAGAGCUUGUCCUAGGUUUAAAAGGGCGAAACAAGCAAUGACAAGUGGUACCUAGCUGAUGACAUUAGUGGAAAGCAGUUUAUCUGUAUUUUACAACAUAAAACCUCCGCUCAGUGUUUAUUUUGAGUUAAAUUUAUUUUUUCAUUUCAUUCAACGGAUUUGUUUAAAACAAACGCAAAGGAAAAACCCCAAGUCAUGGAGAAAUACACAGCAAACUGCAAGGCGCACCGGAAGGGAAUGGCACCAGAGGAGGUCGCGGAAUACUACACUACUUGGGCCGAAAAUCAACAGUACGAUUUAGACUUAGACCCCAGCGUUUACAUGGGACCUUUGAUCGUAGCGAAAGAAGCUGCCUUAUGCUUUGAAAUGAAUCGCGAAAAGGUUCGCUUAAUAGACAUCGCAUGUGGAACUGGCCGCGUAGGAAAAGAGCUUUCUAAGUACGGAUUUAUAUCCAUUGACGGCGUUGAUCCUGCGGAGGGAAUGCUGAAACAGUGCCAGACGAGCCAAAUCUAUACAAACUUGUACAAGGAGUUCGUCUGCGACAAACCACUUCCUAUUGCAGAAGGUACUUACGACUGUGCAGUCUGCUCGGGAGGCUUUGGUGAGGGCCAUAUACCCUGCAGCGGGCUACAGGAAAUGGCCCGAAUCGUCAAGUCCGGUGGUUUGGUAAUUUUUGUGAUGCGCAAGGAAUACAUGAAAGACGUCGAGGAAUACGCGAACAAGCUGGAGCCCAUGAUUUCCCGCCUUGAGCAUGAGCAUACGUGGGAGCUUCUCGAGAGACGCGAGGUUUCCAACUACUCCUUUAACAAGGACGGCGUCAUUUUCAAGUUGAGGAUCAAACGCGGCGGACAUGCGAUGAAUAAUGCCGCCAACGGAACAGAACGGGCUUAAGAGGAGAGCAAAUUAUCGUUAUGACUAUAGACGUCUAGUGUCAAUUUCUUUGUGUGUACACAUGCUCUUUUAAUUUGUGUUUAGCUACCUUCACAUUAUUCAUUCUACGUUGCGUUAAGCUGUUAGUAAAUACGUGUUAAGGUAACUAUAAUCUUCGAACAACACAUUGGUGGAUGCGUUUCACUCUUUUCUAAUACCAGGUAGAUAUUUUUAUAACAACUUAUUUUGCACAAUAAUAUACACACACUAUGCUAAUGUGGUUUGUGUUUACUAUUCAAUUGUACGGACAGUAUAGAUUUUAAAUAAAAACGGACAAGGAUCAAUUCAUUGUUGUUGAGCUUUGUUCGAGUCAGUUCGUGUCAAUAAAACAGGAAUAAAACAGGAAUAAUUUGAAGUAUCCACAACAUCUUCGUAGUACAUGUGUAUGUGCAUGUAAACACGUAGAUACAUAAUUAAUGCGACAUUUUAAUUCAUAGUAGACACUUAGAGUGAAGACAUACUGAAAGUUGAUACUGAGAUAAGUAAAACACGUGCAGUUAAUUUCGUUGUUAUUUAUAACAACACAUAGUAUGUAACCGGCGUCGCAGGGUGAAUGCCCAACGAAGUAAUAGGAAGUUGACGUAGAGAAAGAUACAUUUUACCUUUUCAUUAAUUGCAAUUCAGGAAGUUACAACACAUACAGAAAUGUUGAUGCAAUUACAUUGUAGAAUUCAAGCAUUAACCUUUCUUUUCUCUGGGUGAUAAACUAAAUUUUAAUAAUUGGUGAAACACAUUUACGGUCUUUGGCAUAUGAACUUUGUAUAAAUAUACAUUCAGGUACAUAACCUUCAUCGUGUGAUUGUUUCACAGUUUCAACGCAUAUAAGGGCCUUUUUCACGUUUGGGUAAAUCGAAAAAAAAUGAAGAAAAUAAAUGUUUCAGAUAUGCA